GGCGGCGGGAAUGGCGGCGCUGAGCCUCACCGUGGACGCGGGCAGUCCCCCGCUCGGAGCUCUGCUGACAGUGGAGCAUGUGAAGGAUGAUGUUCAAAUUUCAGUGCAAGAAGGAAAAGAAACCAUUCUCUCUGUAUCUGAGCAGGUUUCAUUUACUGAUGUGAAUUCCAUAGCUCGGUACCUGGCUCGAGUUGCUGCCUCUGCUGGCUUGUAUGGCUCAAAUCUGUUGGAACACACUGAGAUUGACCAUUGGCUGGAGUUCAGUGCUACAAAAUUAUCCACUGCCAGCCAGUUCCCUUCAGCCAUCCAAGAACUCAACCACUGUCUGUCUCUGAGGACGUACUUGGUGGGAAACUCUCUGAGUCUCGCAGACUUGUGUGUCUGGGCUGUACUAAAAGAUAAUAGCAUCUGGCAGGAGCAGUUAGAACAAAACAAAGCUCCUGUGCAUGCAAAGCGAUGGUACAGCUUCCUUGAGGUACAGCGUGCUUUCCAGUCAGUAGGAGCCAAGUGGGCUGCUGGUACACCAAAGGUUAAAAUGGCAACAGAAAAAGAAAAGAAAGCGGAUGUCGGGAAGUUUGUUGAACUUCCUGGAGCAGAGAUGGGAAAGGUCAUUGUGAGGUUUCCUCCUGAAGCAAGUGGAUACCUGCAUAUUGGUCAUGCCAAAGCUGCCCUGUUAAAUCAGCACUACCAAGUUAACUUUAAAGGAAAACUUAUUAUGAGAUUUGAUGACACAAAUCCAGAAAAGGAGAAGGAAGACUUUGAAAAGGUUAUUCUUGAAGAUGUUGCCAUGCUGCACAUCAAACCAGAUCAAUUUACAUAUACCUCAGAUCACUUUGAAACAAUAAUGAAAUAUGCUGAGAAGCUUAUUCAAGAAGGGAAAGCGUAUGUGGAUGAUACUCCUGCAGAACAAAUGAAAGCAGAGCGUGAGCAAAGAGUGGAAUCUAAACACAGAAAUAACUGUGUUAAUAAGAAUCUCCAAAUGUGGGAAGAAAUGAAAAAGGGAACAGAAUAUGGACAAACUUGUUGCCUACGAGCAAAAAUAGAUAUGAGUAGUAAUAAUGGAUGUAUGAGGGAUCCAACUCUUUAUCGUUGUAAAAACCAGCCUCACCCUCGGACUGGAAAUACCUACAAGGUUUAUCCCACGUAUGACUUUGCCUGCCCCAUUGUUGAUAGUAUUGAAGGUGUCACACACGCACUGAGAACAACUGAAUACCAUGACAGAGAUGAACAAUUCUACUGGAUUAUUGAGGCUCUGGGCAUAAGGAAACCAUAUAUAUGGGAGUAUAGCAGGCUAAACCUCAACAACACUGUGCUCUCCAAGAGAAAGCUCACGUGGUUUGUCAACGAAGGCCUUGUGGAUGGAUGGGAUGACCCAAGAUUUCCCACUGUGCGUGGUGUCCUGAGAAGAGGCAUGACAGUUGAAGGGCUAAAACAGUUUAUUGCUGCUCAGGGCUCCUCUCGAUCUGUUGUGAAUAUGGAGUGGGAUAAAAUCUGGUCCUUUAACAAAAAGGUUAUAGACCCAGUAGCACCUCGGUACACUGCUUUACUGAAAGAUGCAGUCGUCCCAGUAAAUAUUCCUGGAGCUCAAGAGGAGAUGAAAGAAGUGGCUAAACAUCCAAAGAAUGCUGACGUUGGGUUGAAGCCUGUGUGGUACAGCUCCAGAGUCCUCAUCGAGGGCGCAGAUGCAGAGACCCUGGCGGAGGGAGAGGUGGUUACCUUCAUAAACUGGGGCAAUGUCGUCAUCACCAAAAUAAGCAGAAAUUCAAGUGGAAAAAUUGUGUCCAUCGAUGCCAAGUUGAACUUAGAUAAUAAGGACUUCAAAAAAACUACUAAGAUCACUUGGCUGGCAGAAACUCCACAUGCACCCCUCAUCCCAACUGUCUGUGUUAAUUAUGAGCAUCUGAUCACUAAGCCAGUUCUAGGUAAAGAUGAAGACUUCAAGCAGUAUAUCAACCGAAAUAGCAAGCAAGAAGAGCUGAUGCUGGGUGAUCCGUGCCUUAAGGAGUUAAAAAAAGGAGACAUCAUACAACUUCAGAGGAGAGGAUUUUUUAUUUGUGAUCAGCCCUAUGAGCCAGUGAGCCCUUACAGCUGUAAAGAUGCCCCGUGCAUUUUGAUUUACAUCCCUGAUGGACACACUAAAGAAAUGCCAACAUCUGGGUCAAAAGAGAAGGCCAAAGCUGAAACUGCAAAGAAAGAGGCUAGUUCAGCUGUAAAAGGAAAAUCUGCUCCAGUUGUUGGUCAUGCCUCUACUCCAGCCUGUACUGUAUCUGAAGGUCACCUGAUCAUCUACAACAAGGUGGCUGCACAGGGUGAUGUAGUUCGUGACUUGAAGGCUAAGAAGGCAGCAAAGGAAGAUAUUGAUAAAGCUGUGAAACAGCUGCUGGCCUUGAAAGCAGAAUACAAAGAGAAGACAGGCCAGGAGUAUAAGCCAGGAAAUCCUCCAGUAUCUGGAACUGCACAGUCAUCAAAGCUUGAGACCUCUGGUACCCUGGACAGUAAAGCUCUGUAUGAUAAAGUAGCAGAACAAGGAGAAGUAGUCAGAAAACUGAAAGCUGAGAAAGCAUCUAAGGAACAAGUAGAUGAGGCUGUGAAAAUUCUUUUAAGCCUAAAAGCAGACUAUAAACAAAAGACAGGUCAAGAGUACAAGCCUGGAAAUCCACCCUCAACCCCGCCUUGUCUAUCUUCUACUGCACUUCCAUCUCCUGUCUGCUGCAGUAACUUUGAAAGCUGUAGCUUAGUGAAUGGCAAAGCACUUUAUGACACUGUAGCUGAGCAAGGGGAAGCGGUACGCAGACUCAAGGCAGAGAAAGCUUCCAAGGAUCAAAUAGAUGAAGCAGUAAAACUCCUCCUUUCUCUAAAAGCUGACUACAAGGAGAAGACUGGGCAGGAGUACAAGCCAGGACACCCACCAGCAGCUCAGGAGGCUUUGCCUCAGACAUCAAACACAGUACCCAGUGGUCCAGACACUCCUGAAGCUAAAGCCCUGUUUAGCAAAGUAGCUCUUCAAGGAGAUGAAGUUAGGAAAUUAAAAGCAGAAAAAGCAGACAAGGAAAAGAUAGAUGUGGCUGUUAAAGAACUUCUUCAGUUGAAGGCCCAGUAUAAGUCUGUUGCAGGAGUUGACUAUAAACCAGUAUCUGCUAGUGGUGUAGAUGACAAAGACAAAAAGAAGAAAGAAAAGGAGAACAAAUCUGAAAAGCAGAGUAAGCAACAGAAGCAAAGUGAUGGCCCCAAAAAAGAACCUUUGCAAGGACAGAGUGGUAAUGAGCGCUCCUCAGACGGAUCAGGAGAGGGCCAAGGCCCUAAGAAACAAACCAGGCUGGGUCUAGAAGCUAAAAAAGAAGAAAAUCUUUCAGAAUGGUUCUCUCAGGUGAUCACAAAAUCAGAGAUGAUUGAAUACUAUGAUGUGAGUGGCUGUUACAUUCUUCGUCCUUGGGCUCACGCUAUUUGGGAAGCCAUCAAAGACUUCUUUGAUGCAGAGAUCAAGAAACUUGGAGUGGAAAACUGCUACUUCCCCAUGUUUGUGUCCCAGGCUGCCUUAGAGACAGAGAAGUCUCAUAUUGCUGACUUUGCUCCUGAGGUUGCUUGGGUCACAAGAUCUGGAAAAACAGAACUGGCUGAACCAAUUGCUAUACGUCCCACAAGUGAAACAGUCAUGUAUCCUUCCUAUGCAAAGUGGGUGCAGUCACACAGGGAUCUUCCUAUCAAGCUUAAUCAAUGGUGCAGUGUUGUGCGCUGGGAGUUCAAACAUCCCCAGCCUUUCCUUCGCACUCGUGAGUUCCUUUGGCAAGAAGGACACACAGCAUUUGCAACAUAUGAAGAGGCAGCAGAGGAGGUGCUGCAGAUACUUGAUCUCUAUGCUCAGGUGUAUGAAAAUCUCUUGGCAAUACCUGUUGUGAAAGGAAGGAAGACAGAGAAGGAGAAGUUUGCUGGGGGGGAUUAUACAACCACUUUAGAGGCAUUUAUAUCUGCCAGUGGAAGAGCUAUCCAGGGAGCAACAUCACACCAUCUAGGGCAGAAUUUCUCAAAGAUGUUUGAAAUUGUGUUUGAAGAUCCCAAGAAGCCAGGAGAAAAACAGUUUGCUUAUCAGAAUUCCUGGGGCAUUACAACUCGGACUAUUGGUGUAAUGACAAUGAUUCAUGGAGAUAACAUGGGAUUGGUACUCCCACCUCGUGUAGCCUGUAUUCAGGUUGUAAUUAUUCCCUGUGGUAUCACAAACUCCCUUUCUGAAGAGGACAGAGAGGCUCUGUUGAAGAAAUGUAAUGAAUAUCGUAGCAGGCUGCUUGCUGUCAACAUCCGUGUCCGGGCUGAUUUAAGAGACAACUACUCACCCGGCUGGAAGUUCAACCACUGGGAACUUAAGGGUGUCCCAGUCAGGGUUGAAGUGGGACCACGAGACAUGAAGAGCCAACAGUUUGUAGCUGUUAGGAGAGACACAGGGCAGAAGCUGACAUUGUCUGAACAUGAAGCAGAAGAGAAACUUAAGCAGGUCUUGGAGGAGAUCCAUGCAAACCUUUACAGCAGAGCAUCUGAGGACCUAAAAAGUCAUAUGGUGGUGGCCAGUAAUAUGGAAGACUUUCAAAAAGAGCUUGAUUCAGGAAAGAUUGUACAAAUCCCUUUCUGUGGGGAAAUUGAGUGUGAGGAUUGGAUCAAGAAGACCACUGCCAGGGAUCAAGAUCUUGAGCCUGGUGCCCCAUCCAUGGGAGCAAAAAGCCUCUGCAUACCUUUCCAGCCUCUCCGUGAACUCCAGCCUGGAGCAAGAUGUGUGUGUGGCAAAAACCCUGCCAAGUUCUAUACCCUCUUUGGUCGUAGCUACUAAAUCACUAGUGAAAGAGCCUUCUCCUUUAUCUGUGAAUUGAACUUUUUUAAAUAGACUGAAAUAGCCCCUUAAACUUCAAUCGGUUUUGUGACCUUUUUAAAUAAUUCAAAGACAAAGCCAUAAACCAUAACCCGGCUCCCCAGUGGUCAGUCUUAGGCUAGCAGUAAUUCACAGACUUUUCUGUAAACAUCUCCAAUAAUAAAGAUGUAUU